GCAGGGCCCUGGGGUUUGUUUUCCUCCACUGUGGACCUUGUUGGCUUCCUGCUGCUUCCCAGAGGCUGGGAGAGGAAGGAGCGCUGGAAUGAAGACUAGAGGCGGGAAGGGGUUAGAUGAGGUAGCUGAGCUUUCUGAGAAUGAGAAUUGAAAGGAAAAUGCUUCGCGACAAUGUUCCUUUGUGCAGAGCGGAGCUUUAUGUUGAUAGAGCUGCAAGACAUUACAGCCCCGGCGCACAGCGGGAGUCGACCAGGUCCUUCUCCGGGUCCAGAUCGCCCCCUGCUGCCCGCUGAGAAACAGCCCUUCGGGACUCGUCCUGCCCAGGAAAAGAGGAAGAGUCUCCGGAGUUGGAGCGGGAGAGGACGUGAGGAAGGCCAGGAGGUCAAAAAGUCACCUCUGAGGCUGCAGCAGAAUCUUGUUAAAUUUUUGUUUGCGGGAAAGGAAGACAUAGCCAAUGCACUGGGUGUUACCAGGACUCAUUCCACAAACGGGGUUCUGCCAAGGUCUCCAGCGGCUCGCAUGAUUCCAGGCGGCUGCCUGGUCUGGCUCUGCAGCCACUUUCCUGUUAUUGCUCACCCUUGCCUCACCUUGAGCAGAAAGGGUGUUGAAAAUAGGAGAGGGAGAAAGAAAGAGAAAAUACUAUGGCAAUUUAUGGUGUGGAGACAUUUUGGGCCAAUUAGUCAAGGCUCUGAAUUUUCUCCCCGAAUCUCUUUUUCUCAGACUUUCUUUGUUUCUUUUGUUUCCAUGCAAGCGCCGUGUCUUUCAGUCUUUCUUCUCCUGCCAGGAACUCUUACCCCACAGCUGUGGCGUCAGCUCUUCUUUCCAACUUUAUUGCUCCACAUUAUUGCUGUUGGGAGUGAUGGUUCACGUGGGUCACUGGUGGAAAGAGCAAAGAUUUGUUCCCGGGUGAAGAGAUCAGGCGCCGCAGUUGCUCCUGCCAAGCAUGGGCAGUGACCCAUUUCCUCCUGCUUCUUGCCUUUGUCCCUUUACAGCCCUGACUGUAGCUGACAUCACAGUGCCUUCACCCCUCUGUCGCCCACCCUUGGCUUUCUGCAGCACAUAAGACUCCUGCUGGGGAGGUGCAUUCCUUGGCAGUUCUGGAAAAUAAUUUAAAGUGACCUGAAGGUUCUGGGGGCAGGUAUGGGAGGUGGAGGGGAGAGUAGCAGGGAAAGGACAGGUGGGCAGGAGAUAGAGGCAGGGAUCAAAUUCUUCAGGCUGUUAUGUUGUGAGAUCUUUAGCCUCUCCCCAAAUAUUCUCAGGUUCCAUGCCUUUCAAUCAAACUAACAUCUUUAGAUACAAAUUUGUUUGCUUGGUUUCUGAUCUACGUAAGACAAAAUAUCUGGAUCUUUAGAACAAACCACGCAUUUGGAUAGUUUUGUCUAUAUGACGCCAAGUAUAUGCUAGUUAUGUAUUUAUUUAAAAUGCCAGUGUUUUAUUCACUGUCUUCUUGUUACGGUACUGGAAGGAGAAUUUCAUCUCUUAUAAAUAAUUUACGUAGUUGUAUUCAUUGUGAGCAGGAUUGCACCUCCAGAAUUGUGUGCCUGGAGUUGGACCACACUUCCAGCAAGAUGAUUGCCAAGUCCCUUGAUAUAAUUGUGGAAAUGACAAGAAAAUAUGACAAGAUCCUAGCAAGGCUGACUGGAUCAAUGAAGUUAAAAGGUUUGUGUCAGGGCAAUGGAUUCAAAGCUCUUUGAUCCUGUCCUGGUUUCUGUUUUUAUUAAAGACUAGAGAAAGUACUUUAAUUUAAGUUGUAGAUGACAAAUUUGGGUACAGUUUUUUUUGGGGGGGCACCUGGGAUCGAACUCAGGACCAUGAGGCAG